GGGCAGUGUGAAUGAGGGGCGGGGGGGGAGAAAAGGAGCUGCUGCCAAGAGUGCUUGGUCUCUUUCCCAUAGCAUUUACUCUCCAGUUUCACUUCACAUCCUCUGUCCCUCUGGUAGCCGUGCAAGUGUGCCCUGUGCAACCAUCCUUAGCAUACUUCUUCUCCAUCAGUUGAGGACCAGGUGAAAAAGGUGCCCUCUCUGCUGUAGCUUCCCAAGUGCCCUGGGGAUUUUUUCUGGAUGUCAUAUAAGGGCAGGAAAUGCAAGGAGCUGCCUGCAGCGAGGGUCAGCUUCCCAGACAUUGGGGAGCGUGGAAGUUGGUUGGCAAGGAAUGGGGGGCAAUGGGCUCCGCUACCCCAGCCCAGGGGAGUGCUAGUGCUGCCUGCGGAGAGCAGCUCUUUUAUGGCUGAUGGGUCCCACAGUGACUGUUAUCGAAUUCACUCCACGUCAGGUGAUAGUAGCCCUUCUAUGAGGCGUGUGACCAUGAUAAGGGAGAAAGGAAGAAGGCAGGCAGUCAGAGGCCCGGCAUUUAUGUUUAAUAACAGAGGUCCAAAUCUUACACCAGAAGAGGAACGAUUUUUGGAUGCUGCAGAAUAUGGAAACAUCCCUGUAGUAAGAAAAAUGCUAGAGGAAUCAAAGACGUUGAAUGUCAAUUGUGUUGAUUACAUGGGUCAAAAUGCCCUGCAGCUGGCAGUUGGGAAUGAACAUUUAGAAGUCACCGAACUGUUACUUAAGAAAGACAACUUGGCACGAAUUGGUGAUGCUCUAAUGCUUGCAAUCAGCAAAGGCUAUGUGAGGAUAGUAGAAGCCAUCUUAAACCAUCCAGCAUUUGCAGCAAGCAAAAGACUUACCCUUAGCCCAUGUGAACAGGAAUUGCAGGAUGAUGACUUUUAUUCCUACGAUGAAGAUGGCACACGAUUCUCCCCAGACAUAACACCCAUCAUUCUUGCAGCGCAUUGCCAAAAAUAUGAAGUUGUGCACAUGCUGUUGGUAAAAGGCGCAAAGAUAGAAAGGCCUCACGAUUACUUCUGCAAAUGCAGUGACUGCACUGAAAAGCAAAAGCAUGACUCUUUUAGUCACUCGCGAUCAAGGAUAAAUGCUUACAAAGGAUUAGCGAGUCCAGCCUAUCUAUCACUUUCUAGUGAAGAUCCAGUGCAUACAGCACUGGAACUCAGCAACGAGCUGGCAAAGUUGGCCAACAUUGAGAAAGAGUUCAAGAAUGACUAUCGUAAGCUGUCUAUGCAAUGCAAGGAUUUUGUGGUUGGUGUUCUUGAUCUGUGUCGAGAUUCUGAAGAAGUGGAGGCCAUCUUGAAUGGUGAUGUGGAUGCUGAACCGACAGAAUCUCAGAGACACCGGCCCUCUUUAAGCAGAGUUAAACUAGCAAUCAAGUAUGAAGUGAAAAAGUUUGUGGCUCAUCCCAAUUGCCAGCAGCAGUUGCUAACCAUCUGGUAUGAAAAUCUCUCUGGAUUACGAGAACAAGUCAUUGCCAUCAAGUGUCUGGUUGUACUGGUCGUUGCACUAGGGCUUCCUUUUCUUGCUGUUGGUUACUGGAUCGCACCAUGUAGCCGGCUUGGCAAAUUUCUUCGCAGUCCCUUCAUGAAGUUUGUAGCUCAUGCUGCAUCGUUUAUUAUUUUCCUGUGCCUGUUAGUGUUCAAUGCAUCAGACAGGUUUGAAGGCAUUAAGACUCUUCCCAACAUCACGGUCAUCGAAUACCCAAAACAAAUUUUUAGAGUCAAAACGACAAGAUUUACAUGGACGGAGAUGCUUAUUAUGAUAUGGGUUGUAGGCAUGAUGUGGUCAGAGUGCAAAGAGCUGUGGUUGGAAGGACCCAGGGAAUACAUUCUACAACUAUGGAACGUGCUGGACUUUGGGAUGCUUUCCAUCUUUAUUGCAGCGUUUACAGCCAGACUUCUAGCCUUCAUGCAAGCCACAAAAGCACAACAAUAUGUUGACAAGUAUAUCCAAGAAAGUGAUCUUUCCUUGGUCACGCUGCCACCUGAAAUAGAGUACUUUACAUACGCUAGAGAUAAAUGGCUUCCGUCUGAUCCACAGAUCAUAUCAGAAGGUCUUUAUGCCAUAGCAGUUGUUCUUAGCUUCUCACGCAUUGCCUAUAUAUUGCCAGCGAAUGAGAGCUUUGGACCAUUGCAAAUAUCACUUGGAAGAACUGUUAAAGACAUUUUCAAAUUCAUGGUUCUAUUUAUUAUGGUGUUCCUUGCUUUCAUGAUUGGGAUGUUUAUCCUAUAUUCUUAUUAUCUGGGUGCUAAAGUGAAUUCUGCAUUUACAACAGUUGAAGAAAGUUUUAAAACCCUCUUCUGGUCCAUAUUUGGUCUGUCUGAAGUAACAUCUGUUGUACUGAAAUAUGAUCACAAAUUCAUUGAGAACAUUGGCUAUGUGCUUUAUGGAAUCUACAAUGUAACAAUGGUGGUGGUUCUUCUAAACAUGUUAAUCGCCAUGAUUAACAGCUCAUAUCAAGAAAUAGAGGAUGACAGUGAUGUAGAAUGGAAAUUUGCCCGCUCCAAGCUAUGGUUAUCUUAUUUUGAUGAUGGGAAAACACUGCCUCCACCUUACAGCAUUGUGCCCAGUCCCAAAUCCUUUGUAUAUUUUAUCCUAAAAAUCUUUAACUUUUUGAAGUGCAGAAGAAGGCGGCUGCAGAAAGAUACUGAAAUAGGAAUGGGAGACUCCAAGUCUAGGUUAAAUCUCUUCUCCCAGUCUACUACAAGGGUUUUUGAGUCCCGCAGUUUUAACAGUAUAAUAAAUCAGCCAACACGCUAUCAGCAAAUAAUGAAAAGACUUAUAAAGAGAUAUGUCUUGAGAGCACAAAUGGACAGAGAAAAUGAUGAAGUAAAUGAAGGUGAAUUGAAGGAGAUAAAGCAAGAUAUUUCCAGCCUUCGCUAUGAGCUCUUAGAAGACAAAUCGCAAGCAACGGAAGAGCUGUCCUCUUUGAUUCUCAAACUAAGUGAAAAGCUAAACCUGGGAAUGCGGAGAUGUGAGUGAAUGAUGGAGAAAGCUACUUGGAAAAACAGCACAAACAGCGGCAAUAAUCUCUUAAGUAAAAGGCAUCCUAUACUUGAAAAAAGUGUAGUAAAAUUAGCACACAAAACCUUGUCUUUUAAAAUUGCCAUUUUACAAAUCUAACCUCUUUGUGAUAUUACUUUCAUAAAGCAUCAUUUUGUUGUCAUUUUUAUUUUCUGUCAAUGGACAUGAUUAUAAUGUAGAUACACGGUGUGUAUAUUUGAAUAUUUUUUGCACUGUUAGACAACAUGGGAAAUAUAAUUGUGCCCAGAGUACGACUGUUUUGAUUCCAUUACUGUUAAAGCUAUGUUUACAAAAUUAUCUUUCAUAUUGGCCAAAUUAGCAGUUAUGAUAUAUUAAUGUCUGACAUUCAAUAAUAUAUUCAGCAGUCAAAUAUUUUGUCCAAGAAGAAAACCUGGGCUUUUGAAAUUUUUGAUCUUAUGGAAUGGUUUCUUAACAAGCAGCCAUAACACCAAAUUUUCUGUGUGCAAUGUUUCUUUCAUUCUUCACACUGUUUCCAAAAAGUGAGGCGUUACAUCGCCUUACCUGUUUCUCUGGGAGCUCAUUUGGUGAACCAGUCAUUUUAGAAUACUGAAGGUAUGAGCAAUUCCAACAUACACACGUAGGGGAGAUGUACAAUUAAUGCUUAAGGCAGUGACCAACCAACCCUGUGAGCGAGACAGAGCUUUACUCUUGUGCAAAAUGUUCUGCUGUAAAUCUAUAUAAUUUCCAGGGUGGAUUUUUCCACAAUAGAGUUACAUUGCACAAGGUCAGAAGAUGACAGGCUUGAUUGUGGAUGAUUUAGGAAUAAAACAGCACUAGAAAAAUGAAACCAUUACAUUAAAACAUUAUUACUAUCAUACGGUGUUAUUUCUUUCUCUGCUGUCCAUCCAUAAUAAUCUGCAAAGGCCCCAUAUUCAUAGCAUAACCGUUAUCUUAAUAUGCCAUUAAUGGGAAUAAAUAAUUAGCUUUUGUUGUAAUUGUUACAUAUCAAUUUAAUCUUCCAGUAACUUCAAAGCAAGGGCAUAAUGUGGAACCUACAAAAUAAUGAAUUAUGCAGUGGUACAUUGUUGAAGUAGCAGAACAGGCUACCUAUUCAUUAAUAAAAACCUUCUAAAGCUGGAAUUAAAAAAGCUUACUAGCCUAAUGACAUAAUAAGGCAGUGAGGUAACCAAAUCUGACCCUGGGAGAUGAUUCACAUGGAUGAUAGGAACACAUAAGAAUUGCACUCUUUGAACUAUAACAAGUUCAGAGGUGAACUGCAAUAUUGUAAAAGCUAUGGAAGACUAAAUGCCAGCAUAUAUGCGCAUUAAAGAAACCAUCAUCGUUAUAACAGUUGUUAAUAUUAGGAAAACAUUUUCAUGAAUGGUAAUUAUUUAAUGGAGCAUGUUGUAAAAUAAUAUUUGAUAAAGGACCUUUGGAUAUUAUAAUUUUAGUAAUAACUUUAUAUUUAAUAAUUUAUCACAAACAAUAUACAGAGUUAGCUGUAAAUGACAAGAUGCAAAUAUAAUGUACAGCAAAAGAGCUAUAACUACCAGCAACCCAAUAAUCGUCAAGCGCUGUGGUUGGGAUGAUGAGAGUUGUAGUUCAGCUGCAGCUGGAAAGCCACUUUGAGAAGCAUUGCUGCACAGUACAAUAGUGGCUAAUGGAAGGUGGUGUUAAUUAUAAAGGUGACUAGAGGUUUGGUUUAGUAUUUUUAGCUAUUAAACAGAACAGUAUAAUCUGAUCACAAUACCCCAUUAAGUCACAGAGGGGCAGCAUUUGGGUUUUAUGUAUAUAAUUGUAUUCUCCUUAGUAAUGUACAGUUAAAUAUGGCAAUAAAAAUGAUUGAGUACUAAAA